CUACAUUUCAUAUAUUUUUCGAUAUUCCUGCUCUAUCCGUCUAUCCUGUUCUUUCGAUCCAAAUAUGUCAAAAACGAGCUUUCUUGACAUCCAGUAUAGCAUCUCGAAGCGCAAGUUCCUUCGAAAACCAUCUCGGAUGUUCUCUGGUGGUGACCGCCAACUUUCUGGGAUUCCUAUGUUCCAGCCGGACAUAAACGAGACGAAACGCGUUUUUGACAAGUUUGAUCGUGAUAAAGAUGGGAAGAUAUCGAGGGGCGAAUAUAAGGCCAUAGUUAAAGCACUCCGACAAGAGGGUGCAGAGAGAGACAUACAGAAGAUAUUUGAGGUGGCGGAUUUGGAUGGUGACGGGUUUAUUGAUUUCAAGGAGUUUGUGGAGGUGCAGAAGAAAGGUGGUGGCGUGAAGGCGGUGGACGUGCAGAGUGCGUUUCGAACGUUUGAUUUGGAUGGCGAUGGUAGGAUAAGCGUGGAGGAAGUUUAUGAGUUGAUGAGGAGGCUUGGGGAAAGGUGUAGCUUGCAAGAUUGUCGGAAGAUGGUUCGAGCCGUGGAUGCGAAUGAAGAUGGUGUGAUUGAUAUGGAUGAGUUCAUGACGAUGAUGACCCAAAACAUGAAGAUAUGAUUGUUAUUAUUAUUGUUACUGUUUUACGGUUGGUUUGUGGUUUAAAUGAAUAUUUGGUCAAAUUUGUGCUACAUAUUGUACGUUAAAUGGUUCAAAAGAUAUCCCUAUUAAU